AUGUCAUCAAUCACUUCUUCAUCAGGCAUCGAGAGUGACACAGAUAGUUCACCUAGUUCUAAUGAAGAAAAGUACAGUCGUUCAACGUCCGAUACAAAUACGAAAUCAACAGAUACAUUAAUUAACGAUGAUGAAGGCUUUAUCAGUAUGGAUUUAGAAGAAAAAAAACUUAAUACAAUGUCCAAUACUCCAAUACAAAGUUGUUCUAAUCAACCUAACCAACAGUGCACAUAUCUCGCAUCGAAAUCUUCCUAUUUGCCAUAUUUCAAACGAAAUCCGUAUGACGAUGACAUAUCAUCGCCGUCUUCUAUUGAAGAAGAUUGGGACGAAGAAUGCAAACUUACUGAACCGUAUUACUUUCCUAGUUACAUACGUCGAGCUCAAUGGCCGAAUCACUGGCGCUGGACGCCACCACUCGGCAUUCGUCGUACUUGUACACAGCAAUUACAUCGUAAUUUUGGUUUCGAACCAACUGGUCUCUACGAUGAUGAAAAUGAGAAUUCACCAUUUUCGAUCAAUCGUCGUAAUUUUACAUUCGAUCUGCGUUAA